UUAAACACAAAUGUUAGCAUGGUCGCCUAUGGGACUUUAAUUGGUAUAGUCCAACCUAAUGGAGUCCUCGGUUGUUCUGUCAGCUGUUUCGUUCACGUGAUCUGUACCCAAUUCAUUAUUCAUAAUGGGUCUUUCAACUUCCUUGUCACGCUGUUGAUAAUCGCCAUAUUUGUCUGAGCUUAAACAAUCCACAUGUUCGAUCUGUAAUAGCUCUUGGAUUAUAAAUACCAAUAGUUAUUGACUUUCCAGGCCAGUGAUUAGUAUACGAACGAGAGGUGAAUGGAAGAGUGUCACAGUUUUAACAAAGCAGUGUAGUAAUGGCUGAAGCUGGACCCAAGAAGACCGUCGAGGUAGACAAAGACCAUCUAUCCUGCUGCAUAUGCUUAAAUCUAUUGUCAGUGCCAAAGCUUUUACACUGCUGUCACACAUUCUGCAGGAAGUGUCUUCAGAAGUACAUAGAAGAGCAGGAGGAUGCCCUACACAAGAAAGGGUUUGACUGUCCAGUGUGUAGGCAGUUCACCGCAAUACUAAACCCAGUGGCGGGAUGGGCAGACCAAAUAGUGACAGACUUCCGAAUUCAAGCCAUGAUCGAUGAUUCACCGGAAUCAAGUGAAAAGCAAGGUGUUACAUCUGAAGUUUCAGCAAAUGCUCGGGAGUUCAUUCUGGUGGAUGUGUUUAAUGGUAAGACUAGUCAAGAUAAGACAGAUCCAAGAGUCACUGACAUAGUUGUCCUUAGGCAAGAAGACAAAGAUGUGAUCCUCAGUACUGACCCAUACAACUGCUGCGUGAAGGCAUUUUGGUUCGAUACUGAUAAAGACCGAGAGAUGAGCUGUAGACUAGUUAUUAAUGAAACGUUAAACGAUUCUGUGGGAAGAAUAGGGAAAAUAAACGAAACUCAGAUACUUCUCUCAGCGUUUAAAUGUCAAACGCUGUACAUAAUAAAUGUGAAUAAUGGUUUAAGUAUCCAUACCAAAAUAGACACCGGAAAACACAAUUUGGGCAAUGGGGUUAUUAGGACACGAACCCACUCUGCAUCCGAAACCCGUCUGGCGAUCGGCUACAGUAAAGGAUUAUCAAUUAUCGACAUGGAUGGUGGUGUGGUCAAAAACAUGCAAAUUACUAAUGGUGGUCAAAAGUAUACAAACUAUCCAUGGUACCUAGCAAUAACACCAACCUGUAAUAUCCUUGUGUCGGACCGAAAUAAUUGUCUGCUUUGUGUAACCCAGAAGAGAGAAGUGUUGUGGAAAUACCGGACGAAAGAUCCAGCUGGCGUAGACUGUGAUGCACACGGCAAUAUUUACCUAGCCAUCUGCAGUGAAAACAAGGUGGUUCUCUUGUCUCCUGAUGGACAGUUCAUUAAAGAUGUAUUAUCAGCUGAUGAUAAGAUUGAAAAGCCGCGGGGUAUAUGGUACGACUCUGUGAAAAAACGACUCUACGUUACAGAGCUCGACGGCUUAAUCAAGACCUUUGAGCACAAGUGAUAAACUUUAAAACAAACCAAACUAUUCUACUGUACACUAUUCUUCUAUUAAUAAUAUAACUAGUAAUGUAGCCUGCACUAGGGUGUUUGAACGAUGGUUUACAAACUGAAAUAACACUUGCUUGAGCUUGAACUUUUUUAACAUGCCCAUAUAUCACUAAGGUUUCAGGCAUGCCCAUCCCGGGUCCUGUUUCUGGAUAGCCAGGGACUUGACUCGGGACAGAAAGUUAAUGGGAAUGGGGACAUUAUUAAUUUACGUGCGCAUGCCUAAUAGUAUAAUUAUCCUAAAUUUGUACUCACUGAGAAGUUUUGGCGCAAUUUUCAUAACGGGCUGCCUAAAAAUUAAAUUACUUUAUUUAUUUAUUUAUUUAUUUAUUUUUACCAUUAUUUAUUUCUACUUAUUUUCCCUUAGGAGGUUGGAGAAGGAGGCAGGUACUGGAGGUUGGUCCCAAGCCCCACAUGAAGUUCUGUUAGUAGGUCAUGUAGGUGGGAUAGGGAGGAGCAUCAGUCUAUAGGAAAGUCAGUAUGACCAGCCAGGGAAAACCAGAGGAGAGGGGCGGGCGGGCCUCCGGACAAACCUAACUCACCCUACGGCCAAAACGGCCCAUGCUUAUCGCACCUUAACCCUAUUUUCUAUUGAGACAUAUGAUUGGUAGUUGGCUAUGAAAGAGGAUUAUCGACUGUUGACAUGGGCGACGUGGUCAUCAUAAAGCUAUGGAUAUAGGUAUUUCUGAUAAACACACACGUAUACGCGCACACACGGUCUCUAGCAGUAACACCUGAUUGCAAUACACAUGUACUUGUUUCAGACUUGUCUGCUUUGUAUCACCAGGAAAGGAAUUUUAAAGAAACUAACAAUCGAUUCAGUUGGUGGACUGUGAUGUACAAGGAAACAUAUACUCUGUAACAGGUAAUAAAACCAAGGUGGUUCUCUUAUAUCCUGCUGGACAGUUCCUCAAAGAACCAUUGUCAAAUACUGGCAACACAGGACCAAAUGGAGUUUUGUAUAACAGCGAUUAUACAUUGCAGAGCUCGCGGUUUGAUAAAAGUAUUUGCACGUUAGUGAUCAAUUAACAAUGAAUAUUUAUGCCGAUGACGUGUCACAGGAGCAUUAUUAUAUAGUCCUAAUUAAUGGAUGCAUAUUUCAAUGGAAACAUUUACUAGUCUACAUAUGCUGAUUUCGUUGUUUCAAUUUCAUAUAACAGUAAACUCUGUCAUUAGAUAGUCCUAAGCAAUGGAUACACACUUCACUGAAAACAUUUACUUAUUCUACAUAUAUAUUGAUUUCGUGAUUUGAAUUUCAUAUUAUAACAGUAAACUCUGGAACCAAAGUUGUGACGAAAAUCCACAAUCAUUCAAUGUACUCGUUAGUUAUUUUGUGUCCUUUGUAUAAUUAUAUUUUGUACAUACUAAUUGAUUUGCUUCACUAUAUGAAUAAAUUCAAAGUAUAUAAUAUGUCAUUAAUUACAGAAUAAAUUAUUUUUAACACCAGUGUAAAGGGAUCAAUAUAUAAAACUGAUUCUAUACUUUCGGUUGCUUAGGUCUCACUACACAGAUCACUUCCGGGUGAGAGUUGAUUGAUCACGAUCCACUAUAAUUCCUAAUUGUGACACAUGUUAUGGUUCACAUAUUCACUUCUAGGAAAUGGUGAAGAAUUAAA